CGGAGAAUGGAGUGGAUUGGCAGCGACCGCGCAGCUCACGGGCACUUCCGACAGCCGCAGCUGAUCAAGAUGCUCGUGGGCAUUAUGUACUGGCGUCACCUUGACAAGACCCCCUGGAGUAAGUACGUCCCUGAUGCUUAUUACAAAAUGGCGGAUGAACGUCUGGACAGGUGCCUUCGACGCGGUGAUGUGCCACCACCCUGGGGGAACCUCGAUGACCACAUGGUGUACCCUGAUGAGGACGCCGAUUCCACGGUGGACGACAUCGAGAACGACCCGGACUACCAGCCUCCCACCCAGGAACCUGAGGAGAGCGCCUCUAGCGGGAGCUCUGAAGAGGAGGAGGAGGAGGACAACGACGACGCAGAGGACGACAAUGAGGUAGAAGAACCCCUGGAAGUCAAGCCUCCUGCUAAGCGCCCCCGUUCUGAAUCAAGCAAGAAACCUCAGGGUUCCAACUCGAAGUCGAAGAAAAAGCGUCGCACAGGAAACAAGAAAGACACUUCUGCCACUCAGGGGUCCAAGGCUACAUCACGCUCCAAGCAUCCGUCGGCGCUCGCGCGGAAAUCAUACUCGGAGCUCACUUCCAGUGAGUUGAUGACGGCCGAAGACCCUGAGGACAACGAGACUUCCUGGCGCAUCUAUGGGGUUCUUGUGCAAUAUCCAAGCUCGACCAAGAGGGCGUCUUGCCAGACUCCUGGGUUCCCAGAAUACGAGAUCCACAAGUAUUCGUACGACGUUGUUCACGAGCGCUGGGACCGUGAGGCAUACCAAGAAGUCCUGGAUUCUAAACCCUGGGAGACUAUGCUUCAGGGUCGCUUCCGAGUGUUCUACUUCCAUGAGCGAGAGCUGCUCUCCACGAAAGCGCUCAAGCUGAUGGAGGACGUCGUAGACAUCAUGCACAAGCACGCACAGGCAAUCUGGGAGCGCGGGCACUGGGUGCCUAUUCCGACUGAAGAACAAGUAUUGAGGGUUGCUGGUCUUGGGUACUGUGUACCAGUUGUACCCAUUAACCGGUUAACCCGAACCGGUCCAAUCCGAACCCACGUUGAUUAUGGUGAUUACGGUAAGUUGUUUACGCCACCGAUGAUUAGACGAGUAGGAUGA